CCGGCACCGAGGAUAGAGGUUUAGAACAUUCUGACCAUUCGUUGUUCAAGAAGUCUCGAGCCGUCAAGGUGGUUUUCGAAAUUAAAGCUACGGUGAUGGCCAGUAUCAGCAAAGCUGCCAGGGCUGACUCUCUGUUAGAUGAUUACAGCAUACAUCUAGACCCAUGAGACUCGUCCUUUUGUUGCUGCGGCAUCCGCUGCGCACCAUCAUCUUCUCUCACUCAUUCCUGGCCCAAGUCUUGCUGGCUCUGCUGAAACGAGUCUUGCUCCCACACUUUCCUCAGUACCAGUCUUUGCGACUGCAGGUCCAACGGGCAUACCAGGCAGCUGCUGCGCUGACCUUUCCAGACCUCACACAUCGACUCCCAGUCACCAACCUCAGCCUCAAACGGGCUCGCAAAUUGGACGAUGCCGUCCCUGCUUACCUGAUCCCGGGAGCUCGACUUCUGUCCGAGUUUCACCUAGCCCCAAAGGGUCGACAAGCGUCCGUAGUUCUCUAUGCUCACGGCGGUGGAUAUGCCCGAGGCGAGGCCAGGAUGUAUGUCAAUUACAUGGAGCGAUGGAUACGAGAAGCCGCUAAAGCCAACCUUGACCUGGUUUUUGUGAGUGUCGAGUAUCCAUUAUCGACUAGUCAGCGUCAUCCAGCGCAGAAGAAUGCCUUCAUUCAGACAUACAAAUACCUCCUCGAGCAUGAUAUCAGACCGGAGAAUAUUGUUUUUAUGGGAGACUCGGCUGGAGGUGGAUUGAGUAUUCUUGCUGGCCUCGAACUCCAUCAACUGCAACUACCACAACCAGCAGCGACUAUUCUCAUCUCGCCCUGGAUUGACAUGUGUCUCAGAGCCUACGAAGGAGGAAAUGCCGCCGUCGAGAGCGACUACUUUUUGAUGGCCAACACCGCCGUCCCCAGCCUCGUCAAGCUGUUCAUCGGCGACAACCCACCAGAUUCACCAGACGUCAACCCACUACACUCGACCUCGGAACAAAUCAGUCGCCUCAGCCCACAGUUAAUCUUCACCGGCGCCGCCGAGUUUGCGCGCUACGAUUCGGAAAAAUGGGCUGAGUUGUGCCGUGAGGCCCAGGUCAAAUGCAACAUGACGAUAGAAUGGGGCCAGAUGCAUAUCUAUGCGGUCGGCUCAAAGUUCGUCGACCCGACUGUCCGGAUCAAGACUGACAAUAUGAUCAUCGACUGGAUCAAACAGCACGUGCCUUAGAUUGGUCCUUGACUAGGGACAUAGAUG